AUGACUCAAGUCUUAGGAGAUCUCACACAACAAUUGACCAAAGCUCGUGAUGAUGAUGAUUUUGUCGAGACAGAUUUGAAAGAGUGGACAGAUAAACUCAAUAAAAUAAAGAACGACUGGACUACAUCACAAACAAUCAGUAUUCAGCAAGAUGUUAGUGAGAUAUCAUUCAUCCGAAAGAUUGUUAUAAACGAUUGGCAUGAUGAUUGUUUGGAACAAUCAGCUGGUGAUAUUCGAAUUGAAGAAAAUGGAUUUGUGAUCAUUCAUGGUCAGUCGCAAGGUCAUGCAGCAGUACGUGGUAAAUGCCAAUAUUCAUCUGGACAACAUCGAUUUCGUUUCAAGGUUGAGAAACUAGAUGCCAGUAAAUGGGUGUUCUUCGGAAUCAAGCCGAAAGUUGCACCUAUGAUGGCAGACUCAGCCAACACCAACACAGCUUAUGGCUGGGCUGGAGGAAAUGCUGUUCUACUCAAUGGUGUUGUCCAAUCUAAUUAUAAUGGAUAUACUAGUGAUAUGGAAAUCAGUGACAUAUUUGAAUUAAUCGUCGAUUGUGAUGAAAAAAAAUUACGCUUAAUUAACGAACGAACGCACAGCACACAUGAACUCAAUGUUGAUGUGACGAAAUGUUCUCUUCCAUGGCAACUCAAUCUUGGUCUUUAUUACUCAAAUGAUCGUAUUCGUAUGAUUGAUCAAACAUGA